UGUGCAGUGUGUGCAACACAAACAACACUACUGCUGCUCGUAUAAAAAGCCACCUCUUUGUUGAAGUCACACCGGCGGCCCGACUCGUCUCUAUUUUACCGGCAUCGGCUUUGAAACCUUAAAACCCUCGACCGCGAGUAACCCGCACAAUCAUGAGCAACGGAAAGCAUCUCGCCAAAGGUUCCAGCCCACCAUCCCUCCCGAACGAUGGUAAGCUGCGCCUGUACUCGAUGCGCUUCUGCCCGUACGCCCAGCGCGUCCACCUGAUGCUGGACGCGAAGAAGAUCCCGUACCACGCGAUCUACAUCAACCUGUCCGAGAAGCCGGAAUGGUACCUGGAGAAGAACCCGCUCGGCAAGGUGCCGGCACUGGAGAUUCCCGGCAAGGAGGGCGCCACCCUGUACGAGUCGCUCGUCCUGUCCGACUACAUCGAGGAGGCGUACUCGGCCCAGCAGCGCAAGCUGUACCCGGCCGACCCGUUCAGCAAGGCGCAGGACCGCAUCCUGAUCGAGCGGUUCGCCGGCUCGGUCAUUGGGCCGUACUAUCGCAUCCUGUUCGCGGCCGACGGCAUCCCGCCCGGUGCCAUCACCGAGUUCGGCGCGGGGCUGGACAUUUUCGAGAAGGAGCUGAAGGCGCGGGGCACCCCGUACUUCGGGGGCGAUAAGCCGGGCAUGAUCGACUACAUGAUCUGGCCGUGGUGCGAGCGGGUCGAUCUGCUCAAGUUUGCGCUCGGCGAUAAGUACGAGCUGGACAAGGAGCGGUUCGGUAAACUGCUGCAGUGGCGAGAGCUGAUGGAAAAGGACGACGCCGUAAAGCAGUCGUUCAUUUCGACCGAGGACCACACGAAGUUCCUGCAGAGCCGCAAGAACGGUGAAAACAACUACGAUAUCUUGGCAAAUGACGCUAAAAGGCCACGGUUGGAAUAAGAAGAAAAGGACGUAUCGUUUAUCACAAUUCCCUCUGCGACUGAAA